GACGUUUAGCAUAACCUAUUCAGUUUGUUUUUUAAUUUACACUUUUUGUGUAUAUUAAAAGAAAAGCCAGAAAAUUAUGCUAAUAUUAAUAACAUAGAAGUAUUAGGAAACCGCAAUAAUGGACCCGACGGAAGAUAUGUGCAAAAGCCUGGUGCGGUGGCUCCAGAAACUCGUCCCAAACAAAUCCCGAAACAUAUCAGAAAUCUGUGAUGGUGUGGCCAUAGUCGAGGCCCUGGUGCAAAUCGAACCGCAGUAUUUCGGUAAACUGGAGGCGAAAAUUAAAAAGGACGCGGGGGCCAACUGGCGCCUCAGGGUGAGCAACUUGAAAAAGAUUUCCGAAGCUGUUUUGGAGUAUUAUCAGGAUGUGUUAACGUUGCAAGUAUUGGACAAUGGGAAGCCCGACGUUAGUAAAAUUGGGGAAAGCAACGAUCCAGUUCAGUUGGCGAAACUUUUGAGGCUUAUAUUAGGUUGUGCAAUAAACUGUGAACGAAAACAAGAAUACAUAACCCUAAUGAUGGAAAUGGAAGAGACUGUCCAGCAAAAUAUAAUGCAAGCAAUACAACAGUUGGAAGAAGUGACCGGAGGUCCAGGACGUACUGGUUUAAGCCUUUUAAUCCUGGACAGUGAUGCCCGAGUAGCUAAGCUAGUAUCCGACUUGGAAUCAUCAAAUGAAACCCGAGAAGCCCUCACUCUACAAAACCAACAAUUGGAACAGCAAGUGCAGAUUUUAAAUGAGGAAAAAAGAAACCUGGAACAGCAACUGGAGAACCUCCACAAGAAAGAGAGCAGGAGCCCGGACACUAGGAAGCAAAUGGAGUUGCUCAAAGAAGAACUGUUCAAAGCGGAAGUGAUGAGGGACGAUUUCAAGGCGAAACUGUAUGAACAAGAGAAACAAAUGCUCGCCUACCAGGAAAAGAUCGCGGAGUUGCAAAUAGCGGCGAGCGACUCCUCUAGGUUAAAAGAUGAAGUUGACGCCCUAUCAGAGUCAGCCGGGAAAGUGAACGACUUAGAGCAGACAGUGGCGUCAUAUAAAAAACGUCUGGAAAACUACCAAGACUUAAAGAAGCAAGUGCAAAAGCUCGAGGAGAAAAACAUGGAAUAUUUACAAAAGAACAUGGAGCUAGAGGAGGAACUGAACAAGAAGAACACUUGGAGGACCCAAUGCGAAGCAUUUAAGAACCAAAUCCUCGAGCUGCAACAAAAGUUAGACGAGGAAACGCAAAAAUCCGACAAAGCCCAGUUCAACUUGGAAAACCUCGAGGCCAAAAUGAAAGCGUUACAAGCCGAACGCGACAGACUCCUAGUAGACCGAGACUCUUUAAGAGAAGAAAACGAAGAAUUAAAAUUGGGCACCGGCAAAGCCGCUGGGGCAGCAGUCUCCCAAGAACUCACCCCCGCGGACCUGAAGGAGCGCCUCCGAUUCUUAGAAAGGGAAAACAAGACUUUACGAGGGGCCCAGCAAGAGCUCGACACCAAACAAUCCACCUUAGAACAAGCCCUCGGCAGAGCAGAGAAGUUACAACAACAAAACAGAACUUUGAACCAAAACAUACUGAAACUAGAGGCGCAACUGGAAGAGCUACGAUCCCCGGAAGCGGCUUCAAGUAGCAACGCGAAUUUGACAGUGAAAAAGCUGCAAGAAGCACUGGCGGCUAAGGAACACGAGUUACAAGUGGCCCAGACGCGGUACCAAAGGAACGUGAUCAAAGCGAAAGAGGUGGCGGCCCAGUUACAAGGUGUGGAAACUGCCCGAGGGGUUGUCGCGGCAGGCACGAUGAGUCUUACCGAAGAAAAUCUGAUCACGGCCGCUUUUUAUAAGUUGUGCGGGCAGCUGCAACGGGGGGCGGCGGACGAACGGUUGGCCGCUUUGGCGCCCCAGGGCAGUUUUCUAUCCAGGCAGAGGCAGCCGGUGCCGAGGAAGUUGCCCGCCAAGUUUACACCCAGUAAAUCCAAAUAAAGCAGUGUCAGUGUCAUAUGUGAGAAGGAAAGUGUCCACAAAUAAAUAAACGGAUCAAAAAUGGUACCUUAGGAUAGUUUCACUUUGUCACUAACAAAUUCUGAAAUUUGUAAAACUGUCAAUUGUCAAAUGUCACCAAGAGACUUUUUUCACUUAUAAAAAUGUGCGUUUUCAAAAUUUAGAAGAGUUAAAGAUGGCAAUUUUAAUGGUAUGUAAUCAAAUACCUGCAUAUUAGUUUAGUAAUGUAAGAACCAAAUUUACAACAAUUAGAAUAUUGUUUGGCAAUAAAUGAAGGAUCAUUUGAUUAAGAAAAAUUAAUAUAUUAGACUAACAAAUUAUUUUUAAUACUAUUUUGUUUAUUUUGCUUGCUUUCUUGUUUGUAAGUAGUUGCAUGUAUUUAUAAAAUCCCUUAAUAAAAAGUAAUGAAAUUUGG